AUGGCUCUUGAAACAGGUCUCUACACCAUCAAAAACGGCGAAAAACUAGUGGGUCGAGCAUUGGCUGAAGACCUUAGCCUUCUUCCCAAGAGGAUUAUUCUGACUGAAAGCGAGCGAACAUCGAUUUGGGCGAUUCAAAAAUCUGACAAAGAGAAUGAGUAUCUUCUCAUUAGCUUUGGUUCCCCGACUACCCAUAUCGAAAACCAUGUUUUUGCGCUCCUGAUCAAUCAGGAACAGGCCACCAAAUGGACCAUUAAGGCCGUCCCUCAGCAUGGUGAAAAUGCCUACGUCAUAAGCGCAUCUGAAGGCAAGGGCUGGGUUGCUCCCAAAGAGCUGAAUGAACAGAUUGAGUACAGGGUUUUGAUUGUUGGACCGAGCCUUCCACCCCGCUACCCUCCCAACGAGGUUUUCCAAAUCACUAAACUUGAAGCCGAGUAA